AAAAAGGCCCUCCAAGCAAGUUCAUAAAUGAGGGAGAGAAAGGGAGUUACAACUACACAGUUGGAACAUACUGCGUCCAUCUGUUGCGCCUCUAUAUAUGACAAAGGGUGCAGAUGCAAAGUUUUGUCCGCAUCAAAGGCAGUAGUACUACUACACCACAGAGAUGGGGAGGCCUAGAACCAUCCAUAAGCAUCUCCCGUUCCUGCUGCUGUUGCUGCUGCUAAUGAUUCAUGGUCUACCAUUAUCAGAGUCUCAGCAGAAUCUGUAUAAUGUCUCUGCCUUCUUCGUAUUGGGCGACUCAAGCGCCGACACCGGCAACAACAACUUCAUUCCAACUCCGUUCAGGAGCAACUGGCCGCCGUAUGGGAGGGAUUUCAUGGGUGGAGUUCCCAGUGGAAGGUUCACCAACGGAAAAGUUGGUGCUGAUUAUCUCAUUUCAUACUUGGGGCUUAAAGAAACUAUUCCUCCUUACUUGGAUUACACCCUUGGCGACGAGGAGCUACUAACUGGAGUGAAUUUUGCCUCAGCUGGCUCCGGUUUUGAUCCAUUGACAGCAAAAAUCAGUGGCGUGAUACCAGUAUGCGAGCAACUCGACUACAUGAAGGAAUACAUCUACAGAGUGGAGAAGAUCUUGGGGAGGGAAGGAACUGCGGCGCUCAUCAGCAACUCGUUGAUCCUCAUAGCUUGCGGCGGCAACGACUUCAUCCUGAACUACUUCGUCCUGCCCGUGAGGAGGCAAAAAUUCAACGUGGAGGAAUACCAGGACUUUGUGCUGGAACUGCUGCGCCAGACGAUCCAGAGGCUGUACGACCAUGGGUUCCGAAGAAUGGUGGUCAAUGGUUUGUCGCCGUUGGGUUGCCUGCCCACAGAGAUCACUACGCGCAACGCAGACGACGAGUCCCGCUCAUGCGUCGAAGCCCUUAACUUUGUCUCCGCUCAAUACAACACAAAGUUGCAGGCGCAGUUGGGAAGGUGGACCGCCGAAGGUCUCGAUGGCGCCAAGGUUGCUUACGGAGACACCUACAACCCGUUUGUUGAAUUGCUUACGUAUCCUGAAAAAUAUGGUUUCCGGGAGACAAAAAAGGGCUGCUGCGGAACAGGUUUGCUUGAGACAGGCCCUCUCUGCAACCCACUCUGUGAUACCUGCACGGAUCCAUCAUCAUACAUCUUUUGGGAUUCUGUACAUCCAUCCCAAGAGGCUUUCCGGCUCCUCUCCAACGAUUUGUUCAGCACCUUUUUACAAGUUCUUCAAGCCCUUCUAUCAGAGCAGGUGUCAGAGCCCACGCCCAGGAAAAUGACGAGCCAGAGAGGGGUAGCAACGGCGUCCUUCGUGGCGGUGACGGUAAUGGCCUUGGUCGCGUCUGAGCUUGCCGCCUUAGCGAAGGCCGAACUGGUGCAUGAUUCAUGGCUGAGGGCCAGGUUAAGACGAGCCAACGUCAGCUGCCUGCUCGUGUUUGGGGACUCCAGCGUAGAUCCCGGCAACAACAAUGUCCUAAACACCACCUUCAAGAGCAACUUCCUCCCUUACGGCAUCAACUUCGCCGGUCACAGACCCACCGGAAGGUUCAGCAAUGGAAGACUCACCACAGACUUCAUAGCUGAGGCACUUGGUCUUGGAGAUGCAAUCCCCGCAUUCCUACGGCAUAACCUCACCAAACAAGAAUUCUUGCAUGGAUUCAGUUUUGCCUCUGCUGCCUCCGGUUAUGAUGACCUCACAGCUAAUCUCCAUGAUGUGCUGCCCAUACGGAUGCAAAUACAAUAUCUGAGGCACUAUAUCGUGCAGCUAAGGAGGGUGGUCGGAGAGACGAGGGCACAGCAGGUGAUAAAGAAUUCCAUAGCCGUCUUGAGUUCAGGGACCAACGACUUCAUCGAGAACUACUUCCUCAACCCUGAUCGCAGAAAGCAGUUCUCGGUCGACCGGUACACCGAUUUCCUGGUUGAAUGCAUGGCCAGAGACAUCCAGGAGAUCCAUCGAUUAGGAGGAGAACGAUUUGCAGUGGUCGCAGUGCCUCCUUUGGGGUGCAUGCCCCUGGUGAGAGCCCUGUAUGGAAGGAGCAAGUGCGUUGCUGAAAUCAACGAGGUGGUGAUGGAAUUCAACUCCAAGAUAAAAGCCAAGCUUGCUACCGUAGAUCAAUGGCUGAGUGAUCAUGUGAGAGGAGCUUUUGUUGAUGCCUAUACUGUCCUUCUACGUGCUGUGGAGAGCCCCACCAGAUACGGUUUCUCAGUAUCAUCAAAGGGCUGCUGUGGGAGUGGUGUGAUGGAGUUUGGGACGACUUGCAGGGGGUUGAGCACAUGCAGCCAGCCAUCUAAGUAUGUCUUCUGGGAUGCAGUGCAUCCAACUGAGAGCAUGUAUCGCGUCAUAGCAAUAGAAGCCAUAAAAGAAGUCUACAAAAUCUUGCUGUAAAGAUGUUGAA